CUCUCAAUGUUGGGGCCUCUCAAGAUGGAAACAAGACAAGAUACUUUGGACCUCCUGGAUGCUUCCUUCUGUCAUGGUGGACUUGAAGUAAUCUAUCCAAAACUGGACAUUGACAAAUGCCUCAUAAUCCCAAAACACCAGCAACUCAGAGAGAAAAUCAGCAGUGUGUGGAAAGCCCCGCAAAUUUACUUCACUGGAGCAAAGAACGGAAAGAUGUAUGUCCUGGUGAUGGUCGAUCCUGAUGCCCCAAGUCGUAUCAAACAGACAUCUGCUUACUGGAGGCCCUGGCUGGUUGUGAACGUAAAGGGCAAUGCUCUCAAAAAUGGACGCAUAGAUGGGAACACCCUGACUGACUACCAUCCACCGACGCCGCCGCAGAAGUCUGGUUUCCACCGAUACCAGUUCGUGUUGUUUGAGCAGCCUCCACACACACCGGUGUCACUCACCGAGGAGGAGAAGUCCUCUGGUAAAUGGGAUUUUCAGAACUUCAUCGCAAGGUUUGAUCUGGGAGAACCUGUGGCCACUCUGCAGUUUCUCACCCAGACCUUCAAAGACUGA